CGACGAUUACUUUUUACAUUAAUUACAAUUACAAUGGCUGUGUAGUAAUGUGUAUUAAUGCUACCUUAAAUAACCUUAAAUUCAAUUAAAAUAUCAAUGCGCGGACAACCUGUAACACCAACAUGGCGGAAGGACAACAGUGACAUAUUUUCAAUAAACACGAAAGGGUAUAUACAUUUGCCUUUAGAGCUGUAAGGAAUACAAGAAACUUAAUUAACGUCUAUUGUAAGGAACCUAAAAGAGUUAUCAAGUAUCUAACAGUUAACUUAAACUAACAUAAGUUUAGCAACAUGUCUUUCUUUGGAGAAGUUAGCGGGAAUUUGAAGUUCUCAGUCUCUGAUACUGACUGUGUAACUUACUCAAGGGGCUAUAUACAAACGGGUAGUAAACUAAGUCAGUGAAAGGUAAGCUGAGCCAGACCGUUAGGGUAUCAUUGCAGUGCUGACUAGCAGGAUAGAUGCUGACCCAGAGACGGCUGCUGCCAAACUCCGCCCGUUAACACCAAUGGACAUCUACCGUAGAGAUAUACUAGACCCGGGGCUAGUAUAUCUCUGUGGCAUCUCCUGCACCUGACCCGCACGGAGAGAGACCGGAGGGUCUUUAUAAGAAGGUACAGCAAUUCCCUGAACAGCCCAAAACUCAUGCAGAUGAUUUCAUGCCUCACUUCCCAAGUGACCAUGGCUGAUGAGAUCUCCCCAGGGAUGUCUGACAGGGCAGUUGUUGGAAAGAUAAGUCAAAGGAAACAUCAAGAAAGGCACUGUGUCACUCCUUCUCUCCCAGAUGGACAGAUCUUAAUCAACACGAACACUGUAAAGACUGACUCUUCAUUUGGUGGCAUUUUUGUAGGUAUGAACUCGUUUUCGGAGAGCAGUGACACUGGAAUCCUUUAUCUGAACCCUCUAACACCAAAGUGGUCUCUUGUAGAGAAGUUUGCUGAGCUCUCACCGGGAGAGGAAACAGGAAUUAAUGAUGAUGAAGACAGCAGCAGUGAAGAAUUGUUACAAUGCACUAAAUAUAUUGAGAAAAAGAAUAAAAAUGGAUCUAAUGAGGUGCUCUUAGACGCUGCGCAAAAGGAAAGGAACUGUUCUAAAUACCUCAAGAACAACAAGAUACAAAGUGAUGCCUCAGUCAAACACAGGACACCUAAGCUCAAAGAGCUAAAUGUUGAGGAAUAUUCUCCUGGUGGAGAUGGGAAUGAGACCAAAAAGAAGAAUGUAAACAGUUGUCCUGUCAAGAAAUCUCUUAAAAAGUCUGUAGACGACAAGAUCCCUCGACUUCUGGUAGCGAUGAAAAAACGCGGUGGAGUUGACACAGAGCAGCGUCCCUUCAAGUGCACACACUGUCACUGGGCUUUCAAGAAGUUCUGCAACCUACAGAGUCACUUACAGACACACUCUGGCCUCAAGCCACAUGUGUGUGAUAUAUGUGGCAAGGCUUACUCCCACCAGGGAACGCUGCAGCAGCACAAGCGUCUACACACAGGCGAAAGACCAUAUCACUGCCCCUUCUGUGUGAAGACCUAUAUCUGGUCCUCAGAUUACCGCAAGCAUAUCCGCACACACACUGGUGAAAAGCCCUACGUCUGUGACACUUGUGGCAAGGAUUUCAUUCGCUCCUCAGACCUGCGAAAGCACGAGCGGAACAUGCACACUAAUAACAAGCCCUUCCCAUGCACGCACUGUGGCAAGACCUUCAAUAAACCCCUCUCCCUCAAGCGCCAUGAGCGUAAGCACCUGGGAGAAAGGCCGUUCUCCUGCCCCGACUGCGGGAAGGCCUUCGCUCUGGCCAGUCGUAUGGCAGAGCACCAGAAGAUCCACACAGGAGUGCGUCCGUAUGUCUGCUCUGUGUGCUCCAAGUGUUUCACAAAGUCCUCCAACUUGACAGAGCACGAGGCCAUCCACAGCGGAGCUCGGCCCCACAAGUGCCCAGAGUGCGGCGUGGCGUUUGCCAUGGCUUCCCGCCUUGUUCGUCACCAGUACAUCCACAAUAAGGAGAAACUGCACAGCUGCACAGGGUGCAGCAAGAACUUUAGCAACCUAGCCACACUGAAGCUUCACCAGGAGCAGUCCUGUGCUGGGAGGAUCUUUGUCUGCGUGCAGUGUGACAAAUCCUUCCAGUGUGCCUCAAAGCUUGCACAGCAUAUUAUGAACCACAAGAAUGUCUGAAUGUGUUUAAAGACAGUUUCAGACACGUCGGAUCCAUUCAAGGUCAUAGGGCACCAGUUUGUUUAUGUUAAGGUAUGUAUUUAUGAUAAUUGCACCUUAUGAGUUUUAAAACUUGUUACUCACGCACCCUCUUUCCCCACGGUGCUUGGUUCUUGUGAGAGUGUUGUGUGAUAAAAACUGCCUCCAGCACAGCAUCAACACUGGAGCUGACAGCCUAAUGGUCUAAUAUGUAAGAGCACAAAAGAGCCUUAAGAAUAUAGAUGCAGUUAAGAAUAAGCUCAACAUUGCCACUUAGGAUUUAAAAAAUGCAUCAUGGUUUAUCAUGAUCAAAGGUUACUGAUGAUGUAGCAUGAACCUGGUCGUAUCGGUCCAUCACUUCACCACCCUGAAUUAACUGACACACACAGUUCCAAAUCCUCAACUUUAGCAUCAGUGACAUUUGCCAAACAUACAGUAGAUGACAGAUAACCAGUACUGAGGAUGGGACACUGCUACAUUAUAUUGUCCAAAGAGAUUGGGGGUUGGGGGCAGCUUAGUGUUCUCAACCCACCAAACCCUGCAAUACACAACAAAUAACAAUUACACAAAUACAUGUUCAUUCUCAGAUUCAGGCUGUUCUUAUUUUCCGUUAAAUUUCGGGUAGUUUUGAUAAACUUUUUAUUGACGCACAGGCAGCAAUAGCUGUAAAAAGAAAAGUUCUUUAACAUGUUCAUAACUUAGGAGACAACUCCUGAGACACAUUACUCUGACCACAUUAAUAGACCAGAAGAGUUGUAAUGGUUCAGGAAAGCUUGCUAAUCAGUCAUUGCCUUUUUUGGCCAGUUGACUAGAAGUUAGUCCACGUUUAUCUUCAUUAUUCGUCAUUGUGUUUGACAGUACAGCGAUUUCCAUACUGGGUGUUUUGUUUGAUAUGUGGUUUUACAGUUUAGGUUCUGUAGCUUAAUUUUCAAUAUGAACAUACCAGCUUCAUCAUAUGCAACAUCAAGAAGGGGUGAAAACACAAAUAAGGUCUUUUUCAAGGAGAGUGAUAAAAGUGCAGAAGCAAGCCUAAAGGCUGUGACUACAUAGCUGAGUUACUACAGCAGCACCUGUUGUGUAAUUUGGUGACAGUAAUUACCCCCAAAAAAGCACUUAUAAGUCAAAUCUUUGAAUGUGUUAUGUCUGAUUGUUUUUCUUUAAAUUUCAAUAUUCAUGUAAUGUCAGUUUUAAGUCUGUGGUUCUUUUUGAUCUUUUUGAUGCCAUGCACAACAAGCAUGUUUGGUUUGUAUGAGGGUCUUUCAAACGUGAGCAUGUAGUGGA